AUGGCGACUAAAGAACUCCAUCCGGAGAUCAUAACCAAGCCCGAGCCUCACAUUGCUGAAAGAGAUGCCGACGUGACCUAUACCCUACUGAAGACGCAUGGGAGUGAGGUGGCACAAGGCUUGGAUGUGGCGGGCCAGAAAAGGUUGGAUCGGAAACUAUACUUCGGCCUUGUGCCCUUGUUGGUCAUUAUCGACCUGAUGCUGUUUAUUGACAAAGCCACAUUGUCGUACGCCUCCAUCCUAGGUCUAUUCGAAGAGACAGGCAUCGGCAAUGGCCAAUAUAAUGACCUGAAUACACUUUUCUAUGCUGGAUACAUCAUUGGGCAGUUUCCAGGCCACUAUCUCAUGCAGCGCGUGCCAUUGGGACGCUUCAUGGGCGGUGCCAUCUUCCUUUGGUCGCUACUUGUACUCCUCCACUGCACGGCCGAAAGUUACGGUGCCUUGAUCCCCCUAAGGUUCUUCCUAGGGGCUGUCGAGGCCACGGUGGUGCCGGCGAUUGAAAUCACCCUGGGCAUGUUCUUUGUGCCCAAGGUGCAGGGGAUUCUGCAGCCGUUGUUCUGGGUAUCGUGCAUGGGCGCACCCAUCCCUGCCGGAUUCAUCGCCUACGGGCUCCUGUGGAGUCAAAGCUCGGUGGCGCCGUGGAAGCUCUUCAUGAUCACCACCGGCGGCCUGACUUUCUUCCUGGCCAUCUUCUCGUGGUUCUACUACCCGAACAAUCCGGCCGAGGCGAAAUUCCUGACGUUGCGUGAACGAGUGUACCUGGUCACCAAGAUCCACGACGCCACCGGCAGCUCAAUCGAGUACAAAAAGGUCAAGAAGAGCCAACUGCGCGAAGCGGUGCAGGAUCCUAUCUCGUGGCUGUUUGGCCUCCAGGCCUUCACGCUCAUGCUCUCCAACAACAUCGCCUACCAGCAGAAUCUGCUGUUCGUCUCUCUCGGCGUGUCGAAUCUGGGGUCCACACUCGUCAGUGCCGCCAGCGGUGGCUUUUCCGUGGCAUGCUGCAUCGUGGCCACGAUCCUGCUCCGCUACGUUCCCUGGCGCAAAGCCUACUGGGGCGCGUUCUGGUGCCUACCGGCGGUGGCAGGUGGCAUCGGCAUGGCGACGGUGGACUGGGACAAGAAGAUCGGCCUCCUGGCGUGCCUGAUCCUCGCCGGCGCCACGUUUGGCAUCACCUACAUCAUCGCCCUGGGCUGGACCACGUCGACCGCGGCUGGCUACACCAAGAAGCUGGCGCGCAACGUCUUCUUCAUGGCCGGAUACGGCAUUGCCAAUCUGAUCUCGCCGCAGAUCUGGGUUCCGAAGGACGCUCCGAGAUACUAUCCCGCCUGGAUUGUGCAGAUUGUCAUCAGCUGGGCCGGCACCCCGGUCAUUCUGUUCAUCAUCCAAUGGAUCCUGGCGCGCCGAAACAAGGAACGAUAUGCGUGGAUCGCCGAGCAAGAGGCAGCCGGCAAGACCAGGACAGGCGUGAUCGAGCAGACGGAUGCCGAUGGCAAGAGAACCGAGGUCGAGGUCGACAUCUCUCUGCUCGAUCUGACGGAUCUGGAGAACAAGUAUUUCAUUUAUCCCCUGUGA